UUAAAAAGAACUAUCACUUCUACAAAGGCAAACUGCAAGUGUGGAAGGACUUUUCGGUUACUCGUGGGAAAGUAAUAAGAGUUUGAUUUAAAGUUAUAAACUUAUUCAUCAUCAUGGCUCCUCCUAGCUAUGGAGAUAUGGGCAAACAAGCCCGGGACAUUUUCAACAAGAAUUAUCAUUUUAAUCUUGUGAAAUUGGACUGUAAAACUAAAACUUCUGGAGGCAUGGAGUUUUGUGUCUCUGGUUCCUCAAACACUGAAAGUGGAAGAGUAACUUCUUCACUCGAAUCUAAAUACAAGGUUCCUGAACAUGGCUUAACUUUUAAAGAAAAAUGGAAUACAGAUAAUAUUCUGUCAACUGAAAUCACAUUGGAAGAUAAACCAGUAAAAGGAUCAAAAUUUACUCUUGAUACUAACUUUGUGCCACAGACUGGCAGCUACAGGGGAAGAAACUCGUCAAGUGGAAAAAGGAAAAAGAAAAAAUCUGCUGUUUUAAAGAGUACUUUUAAAGCUGAAAACAUUCAUUUGAAUGCUGAAACUGAUUUAGAUAUUAAGGCUCCUGCACUUCAUCUUUCGACAGUUUUGGGUUUACAUGGUUGGUUAGUUGGAGCCCAGAGUGCUUUUGAUAUUAGCAAACAUACAAUUAAAAAAUGUAAUUUUGCUGUUGGCUAUGCAACUAGCGAUUUUGUUCUGCAUACAAAUGUAAAUGAUGGUCAAGAGUUUGGUGGAUCUGUGUAUCAAAAAGUUAAUCCCAAUUUAGAAACUGGAGUGCAGCUGGCAUGGUCUGCAGGAAAUAAUGCAACUUCUUUUGGUCUGGGAUGUGUUUACAGCCUUGAUAAAAACACAUCUUUGAGAGCAAAAAUCAAUAACUCCAGCCAAAUUGGAUUAGGAAUAACUCACAAACUGAGAACUGGUAUUCAGUUAUCAUUAUCUGCUAUGAUUGAUGGCAGGAGCUUCAACCAAGGAGGUCAUAAGCUUGGUUUAGGAUUAGAUCUUGAAGCUUAAUUUAUUCAAUCUGCAACAGUCACUUAGUGGUGCACAUUUUUUUCAGUCCUGUUUUAGGGUUAAUUUAAAAUGUUUUGAAAUAGUUUCAUAAAUAUAAACUUGCUAAAGUAUUCUACAUAGAUCUGAAAGUUAGCAUUUAGCAAAAAGUAUCAAAAUAGGUAAAAAUUAUGAACAUUUGCUGACAACUUUAUGAUACAUGAGCUUAUUUUUAAAUCAUAUAUUCUGUAUCAUUAAAUAUGGAGUAUAAAAAUAAUUGGAUCAAAUUUUGAUUUCGUGUUUUUCCCAAAGAGUGUUGAUUAUCUUUCUUUUAAUUUUUCAACAGUAUGGUUAAUUAACUGUAGAAUCUCUUCAUUUUAGAUGCAUUCACAUCAUUUAAGUGUUUUUCAUUUUCCGUUUAAUCAUUUAUUUAUAGUCAGCACUAUUUUUCCUGUAAAUUUAGCAUGCAUUGUGAAUCUGUAUUGCUUGUUCUACAAAUAAAUUUGAUAUUUUCAAAGCUC